AAGGCAGCCAGGUCGACGAGGGUGCGGUCCGACUUUGAAUUCGGUGACAUUCUCGGCGAGGGGUCCUACUCGACCGUCAUUCAGGCGUGGGACCUGCUCUCCAUUGACCAGUCUAGGCCUGCCUCGGCAGGCAGCGGUGGCGUCCACACACCGUCUUCGCAGGGUGCCAAGGUCUAUGCCGUCAAGAUUCUCGACAAGGUCCACAUCCUCAAGGAAAAGAAGCAAAAGUACGUCAAUGUCGAGAAGGAGGCGCUCAGCCUCCUCAUCAGGCAUCCGGGCGUCAUUACGCUCUACUGGACGUUUCAGGAUUCAAAUUCUCUCUACUUUGUGCUGGAGCUCGCGCCCAAUGGCGAGCUGCUGAGCUUCAUCAAGAAGCUGGGCUCGUUUGACAAGGCCUGCAGCCGCUACUAUGCUGCCCAGUUGCUCGACACAAUCGAGGGCAUCCACGCCGCCGGCAUUGUGCAUCGAGACAUCAAGCCUGAAAACGUGCUGCUCGACGGUGAGAUGCGCGUCAAGGUGACGGACUUUGGUUCGGCCAAGAUCAAGAAGAAGGGUCCCAACAAGCCAGCGACGGCGACUCCCGCAGCCAACGAGGAGCAAGAGAGGGCCAGCUCAUUUGUGGGCACGGCAGAAUACGUGUCGCCGGAGCUGCUCACGGACAAGUCGGUGACGGAGCGGUCAGACCUGUGGGCGUUUGGCUGCGUCGUCUACCAGAUUGUCUGCGGUCGACCUCCGUUCAAGGGCGUGAGCGAAUACCAGACGUUUCAGAAGAUCAUCAAGGGCGACUAUGAAUUCGUAGACGCGUUCCCAGAGGAUGCGAAGGAUCUCGUCCAGGGUUUGCUGCAGUUGGAUGCAGCUAAGCGGUUCAGCAUCGACGAGAUGAAAGGGCACAAGUUCUUUGAGGGUGUCAAUUGGAAGGGCAUCUGGAAGGAGCCGGCGCCAGAGCUCAAGGUGGGCAUAUACGCGAGACCGCAGCCGAUCAGGUCCGCCAAUGCAUCCCAGUCGAGCGCCUUCGAGGGCAUCGCGUGGGUGCCCCUGUCGCAGCACCUGUCCAUCGGAAGCGCCAGCACUUCGAGCGGGGCUGGCAACGACGCGACGGUUCGCGCCUCCAAAUCCUCUCGAACGCCCCUUUUCACCACCUCAACUACCGCCCCUGACGACAGGACGUUUGCCUCGUCGGCAGCAGACAUGAGCUGGGCUGCGUUGCUGCUGCCUCACGAAGCCUUGCUUUAUGCUGCACCCAUCCUUCAUCGCCAGGCGGGUGCUUUUAGGACAAACAGCAAGAAGCGCCAGCUGCUUUUGACAGACUUCCCAAGACUCCUCUGCGUUAAGGAGACCAAUGAUCAGCUCAAGGUCAAGAGCGAGGUCAUCUUGGCCGUUCCUGCUUUCUUGAGCGCGAGCAUUCCCUUUUCUGGGCCCAACUCAGCAAUGGGCCGUCCUCCAACAAUUCGCAAGACGAUGUCGUCGCGAACAACCUGGCCGCCGAGGGACUCUCUGCCUUCGGCUAUCUCCUCGUCGCUCCGUCGUCGUGACUCCUCUUCAUCGCCAGCAGCAGCUGCGCCCGACCCUUCCUCGCCGAACACCUCCACCACGACGUCCAUAAAAGCUUCCAAUGCAGCAGCAGAUCUCUUGCCAAACUUCCUGAGCGGACUCGAUCAAAAGGGCGCAAGGACAUUCAUCGUUCAGACGCCUGCAAGAAGCUACGUCUACGAAGAUCCGAGCGGCGAUGCCAACCAGUGGAUCCGCAGCAUCACCAAUGCGGUCCAA